CCACCUAACCUAAACAUGCCUGGGCAUUAUGGGGAAUUUAGCAUGGCCAGUUCACCUACCCUGCACAUCUUUGGACUGUGGGAGGAAACCGGAGCACCUGGAGGAAACUCACUCAGACACUGGGAGAAUGUGCAAACUCUACACAGUCUCCUGAGGCUGGAAUCAAACCCAGGCCCCCGGCGCUGUGAGGCAGCGGUGCUAACGACUGAGCCACCGUGUAGCCUUCCAGCAAUUUCUGUUUUUGUUUCUGAUUUAGAGCAUCCACGGUUCUUUUGGUUUUUAUAGAUCAUAUUUAGCUGUGAACGCACAUGGGGCCUGAAUCCAGUGUAAACAAUCAAGGCUGUAUUAUUGGAGGUACUUUCUCUUGAAUGAAGUUUAACAUUCCAAUCCUAUCUUCUCUGUCAGUCAGAAGUAACAUCCUCUGACAUUAAUUUUAAGGAGUUGAACAUUUAUUCCUGGUGCCCUAGACAAUGUUAUUCCCUCAUCAGACAUCUCAAGAACAGACUAUCUGGUAACUUUGCAAGUUUGUUUCAGAUUCCUUGCUGUGUGCAAAUGGGGUGCUGUGUUUCCUACAUUAUGACAAUGACUUUCAAAGAGGAUUGCUUUCCAAAGCAUGCUUCAUUGACUGUAAAAUGCUUUGUGACAUCCUGAAUUUAUAAAAGAUAUGAUAUACAUAGUGUCUUAUUGUGUGAUUCAAAAAGCAUUUCAGCACAAUGCAGUGUUCCCAGUACCACACUCUCAAGUUAAAACUUUCUAAGGAUACACUUCCAUGUGAUGAGAUAACAAGGUGUAGAGCUGGAUGAACACAGCAGGCUGAGCAGGGAAGCUGAUGUUUCGGGCUACACUUCCAUGUGAUGCUCGUUACAGCUGACUGUUAUUGAUUUGGAAGUUAUUUUUGUAAAUAAUGCUGUUGUAUUGCUUUUUUAUGUUGUCUUAAACAAUUUUUAUUUGCUUCUCAGAAUGAAGACCAUUCUCAGCAACCAGGUUGUUGACAUUCCUGACAAUGUCGAUGUGAUUUUGAAAGGCCGUACAGUCAUUGUAAAAGGGCCUCGAGGAACAUUGCGCAGAGAAUUUAAUCACAUUAACCUAGAGCUCAGCCUUCUUGGCUUGAAGAAAAAGAAGCUUCGAGUUGACAAAUGGUGGGGUAACAGAAAAGAGCUGGCCACAGUGCGGACAAUCUGCAGUCAUGUACAGAAUAUGAUCAAGGGUGUCACAUUAGGCUUCCGUUACAAGAUGAGAUCCGUCUAUGCUCACUUUCCCAUUAAUGUGGUUGUUCAGGAUUCGGGAUCUCUAGUAGAAAUCCGUAACUUCCUCGGAGAGAAGUAUAUUCGUAGAGUCCGUAUGAAGCCAGGUGUUUCAUGUAUUGUUUCCCAGGCCCAGAAAGACGAGCUUGUUCUUGAGGGAAACGACAUUGAGCUGGUUUCAAACUCCGGUUAGUAUUUUGCAGUUAACCUGAACUGCCUGGCUAUUGAAACCACAUGGAAUAGAAUUAUGUUGCUGACUGGCGUAUUGCCAUAUUUCAUCAACUAACUUUCAAGAGUGAAAAAUCUACUUACAUUUUCAAGAACAUACAUAAUCUCCAGCAAUAAAGAAUUGUCAUAGAAGGAAA